CCUAGCAGGGCGGGCUCGGGAUUCGCGCGCCUGCCCUGUGGUCUGGGUGGGGGCGGCUUUAGAAGGAAGCCGGAAGCAGCCGCGGCCCCAGCUCCAGAGACAUGGCAGGAGUUAAAGCUCUUGUGGCGCUGUCCUUCAGCGGGGCUAUUGGGUUGACUUUUCUUAUGCUGGGAUGUGCCUUGGAGGACUAUGGCGUUUAUUGGCCCUUGUUCGUCCUGAUUUUCUACGUCAUCUCCCCCAUCCCCUACUUCAUUGCCAAAAGGGUGACAUAUGACUCUGAUGCGACCAGCAGUGCCUGUCGGGAGCUGGCAUAUUUCUUCACUACUGGGAUUGUUGUUUCCGCCUUUGGGUUUCCUGUUAUCCUUGCUCGCGUGGCUGUGAUCAAAUGGGGAGCCUGUGGGCUGGUGCUGGCAGGCAAUGCUGUCAUUUUCCUAACGAUUCAAGGCUUUUUCCUUGUAUUUGGAAGAGGAGAUGAUUUCAGUUGGGAGCAGUGGUAGCACGUCAUUCUUCAUUCUCAUGGAAAGUGUCGUGUUUCCUAGGAUUUGUACUGUAUGCAUAUGUGUGCACAUGUGGGGUUUUCUUACAGAGUUUAAUAUGCUGAGUUUUUUAUAACUUUGUAUCAUGAGCAUUUAAAGGAAAGAUAAAUUUUAUUCCUAGCAAACAGAUCUCUCCAUUUACUUAAGACGAAUUAUUUAUCUUCUAGCCAUUCACAUACCCAUGAGGCUUUCAGAAAACAUGUUAACCCGGUCUUGUAGACAUCUGCUCACUUAUACAGAGUGUCUAUACCUUUUGCCUGGGAUGUGUUUAGGGAAGCAGAGACACUGAGGCCUGUCCCUUAUAGCCCAGAAAGACAGAGUUGGUGCUCUCUCUGUGUACUGUAGACCCAUCCCAAAGUGUGGUUAGCAGACCAAUAGCAUGGGCAUCGGCUUGGAGCUGAUUAGAAAUGUGGAAUCUGAAACCUCCUCAGACCUGGUGCAUUCUGAUGAGAUUCCAAGUUCAUCACAUGCACAUUGAAGUUUGAGAAGCUUUGUCAUAGAGGAAUAAACAUCACAUCCCACUUCCUUGCCUUCUCCCCCACUGCUCAACAUUUCUGGUUUGCUCCUGUAGAUGGCUCUGGCUUCUCCUUCCUGAAGGGAUAUGAGGGCCACACAAGCAAGCGGCUCUGUUUGAUUCCCACGUUGAUGUACUUACCGUCCUUCCUAUUGAAAUCGAUGCCACCUUUAUAGGAGUCAUGGAGAAUCCUUAUCAUGCUGGUUCUUAGAAUCAGUUUUUCUAGCUCAACUUUUUAUUUAAGACCUCUGGAGAAAGGGAAAUGAGAAACUACUUGUCAUAUGCCUUCAGUGGUGUUUAAGCAUUAGUGUAUGGUAGUGAACAAAUGUUUAGAACACUCCUGCCUUGAGACUGGUGGUCUGAGCAGUCAGCACCCCCUUCCCAUGCUCAUGUGAUGCUGGGUCCAGCAAUAAAAGGAUAAUGUGCAAUGCUAGUUUUUGGCCUUAUGCAUGACUUUAUGUUUUCAGUGUUCUGUGUACAUAGAGAAUUGUUAAAAGUUGUUAUUUCUAGUA